UCCUUGUGAGGCCCACCGCCAAGGAGACAGGAGGCCCAGCUCAAAUCUGUGUACCCGGUGGAAAGAUGAGGUGGAUAUUUAAGGGUUAGGGUUUGGGGGCGGUGAAUCAAGGAAAAACGCAGUUGUUUACAAAGUUUAACGAAGUGGCGGGUUCUGGCGCUCAGGUGCAAGCAGGCGGCAUGUUUCUUCCUGGGUCAUAUGUGCUCCUUCAGGGGGUGUUGGUAUGAAAAACGCGGUGGAAAUCCGGGCUGUGGCAUCAGAAGGCCGCCCAUCCUGCGAGCAAGUCUGUUCUGCGCAGACUCGGGUCAGCCAUCUUGGUUUCAACUGGUUCCAGCUGGUUUUGUCCUGUUGUAAGUGGAGGGGUUUUGGACCAGAUGCUUCCUUGACUGCCUUCCUGGAACACGUGCUCAAGAAUUUCUGUUAGUCACCCGUUUCUUCAACCCUGUGGGGCACGGUUUAAGGACACCAGAUGUCAUGUAAGCAGUCAUACUGUCCGGAGACCACAAUGCCCUGAGGAGGUCCAGGCUGGCUGGGCAGCCACCGGCUGUGGGCAGGAACCAGUCGCAUGAACAUCUGCCCCAGAGAACCCUUCACCCAACCCCAGCCAACAUCUGACUGCAACUGUGUGAGAGACCCAAGUAAGAGCAGCCGGAUGGAGUCAGGUGAAUGCAUAGAACUGUGAGAAGUAAUGCCACAAACUGUGGUUUGAAGCCGUGUGAUUCUGUGGUGGUUUGUUACAUAGCCAAGCUCUUGAUACAGGACCUUCCCAGUGACCACUGCUUCCUGGAAAUGGGGUUCAUCUCUCCUCAUCUUUCUCCUGAGAAUCAGCUGUCACGCCCCUCUUCCCCCACCAGCCGGGAAUUCAGGCUAGUGAGGGAAAUGCUGCAGAGGCACUGAGUCCAUGGUCUGGGUCUUUCGCAGCUGGGAGAUGGUCACGGAAGUGCCGGGCUGUUCCGAGCAGCACCGCAGGCUGGCAGUGGAAGUGUCUUAUUAUUGCCUUGGCCUGCUCACCUCAUGGCACGAGAUUCCUUCCACAUGAAGAUCCCCAGCAACUCCCGGCGUAAAUGUACCUCCAGCUUAUAAUCUCAGAGAGAGAAAGAGCCUCACUCUGCCGUUAUUUGCAUUGAACUCCUCUCCAAAGAUCUCCGAUCGGCCUUAUUGGGGUUAUGUGACUUUCCCUGAGCCUGUCCGCCGUCUCCAGGAGCUCCACCCGCUAUGAGGAGGAUGUGCGGCCUCCUGCCUGACAGCUCUACACUGGAGAUGAGGAAACAGUGCUCCAGAGAAAUCGAUGACCGCUCCGCAUGAAGCAGCAGCAAGUAUUUUACGGAGUUUUUGGAUCCGUUCCAGAGAGUCAUCCAGCCGGAGGAGAUCUGGCUCUAUAAAAAUCCUUUGGUGCAGUCAGACAACAUACCUACCCGCCUCAUGUUUGCAAUUUCUUUCCUCACACCUCUGGCGGUUAUUUGUGUGGUGAAAAUUAUCCGGCGAACAGACAAGACUGAAAUUAAGGAAGCCUUCCUAGCCGUGUCCUUGGCUCUUGCUUUGAAUGGAGUCUGCACAAACACUAUUAAAUUAAUAGUGGGAAGACCUCGCCCCGAUUUCUUUUACCGCUGCUUUCCAGAUGGAGUGAUGAACUCGGAAAUGCACUGCACAGGUGACCCCGAUCUGGUGUCCGAGGGCCGCAAAAGCUUCCCCAGCAUCCAUUCCUCCUUCGCCUUUUCAGGACUCGGCUUCACGACGUUUUACUUGGCCGGCAAGCUGCACUGCUUCACCGAGAGCGGGCGGGGGAAGAGCUGGCGGCUCUGUGCUGCCAUCCUGCCCCUGUACUGCGCCAUGAUGAUCGCCCUGUCCCGCAUGUGUGACUACAAGCAUCACUGGCAAGAUUCUUUUGUUGGUGGAGUCAUUGGCCUCAUUUUUGCCUACAUUUGCUACAGACAGCACUACCCGCCUCUGGCCAACACAGCUUGUCACAAACCCUACGUCAGCCUACGAGUCCCGCCGUCGCUGAAGAAAGAUGAGAGGCCCGCGGCCGACAGCGCGCCCAGCGUGCCCCCUGAGGGGAUCACCGAGGGCCCCGUCUGACGGGGACCUCGGAGGAUGGACGCUGAGCCCG